AUAAGACCAGGCAUUCCUGGUUUCAUUUGAAAUUCCUUUACCCCGUCCUCCACGCCAACAGAAAAAGCAAUUGAACAUAAAAAUAAGAAUAAAGAACUCAGUCCAAGUUAGUAAUUUACAGAACCCACUGCCCUUUUAUUCUUCCUUCCUCGUUCAUUCAGAGAGAGAGAGAGAGAGAGAGAGAGAGAGAGUAACAAGAAAAAGAAAGGCAGAGAGAGAGAGAGAGAGAGAGAGAGAGAGUUGCAAGAAAAAGAAAGGCAGGCAUGGGGUGCUUUGUGCCUUUUAACAACAGGAAUUUGGAUAUAAGCCUAUUUGCAUUCAGGCCAAUGGUUGUGUUUGUGGAUGAACUAUUGGAUGCCCUUAAGCACUUCUCUUUGUGCACUCAGAGCCUUGGUUGUGUUGACAGUGCUAUUUUCAGGAGUAUUCAUGGGAAUAUGAUCAUAUGGUAUGGAGCAUGGAUGAAGAGAUCUAACGAGAACAAGGAACUAGUGAAUGCAACACUUCUAUCAAUGUUGUCAAACGUCUCAACCAUGGCUAUCCUAAUCGACCAUAGUUUCUUCGAUGCCUAUGCCGGUGAAUCACGCGACGGCUCUCCAGCAGCCAAAUUCUCCACCGGCGACACCAUUUCAAUGAACGCAGUACUCUUCUCCGACGACGACAAAAACGAAGUCGCGUACACGUUCUUAGCCAUUUUCAGAUCACGUUUCUCGAAAAUGGACGGUGCAACUUCUGGGGUGUGCUUGAAAUGCCAAACCCGAAAAAGGGACGUGAAUCUGUUUGUGUGGAAAUCGCUGCAAUCGUGUUAUACUUGGAUUCUAGCCACGGAUUAUCGAAAGACAAUUUUGCCCUUUCUUGAUGAACACCUCCCUCUUGAAAUUAAGUAUGAUAUGUUUCGGGUGGUGUAUGUCAGUGGUGAUGAUGAUGUAAUGAGUUUUUGACUAUGAGAAGGGUACAAACACAUAUACUACAAAAAAAAAAUCACGUAUUCGAACGCAGAUGUAAUCAGACUUUGCACUAUUUAAUGUGUUUGGGUCAUCCAUUUAUCGUGACUCAUGUAUCAGACAAUUCGUACAUUUAUGUAUGGAUUUUGGUUUUGAUUUUAACCUUCCUCAUAUAUGUUGGAAAGUUGAAGAAAGAAAGAGAGUUUUGUGGUAGUUUCACCCAAUUUGGGAUGUAAUGUAAUGAGGAUUUUGAGAGUUUAAUAGUAUUGUCGUACGAUAUUUGUAAAUAAUCAAAGUUACAUAGUUCAUCACUUUUAA